CCUCGGUGACCUUCCCCUCACUUCUAGAGAAUUGAAGCUUUUCGCAUUCUCUAGAAGCCAUCCAUCAUGACUUCCCAAUACGCGGCAGAGCUAUGUGCGCUCUUGGUCGAGGAUAAUUUUGGGGAGCUUUUUGCGCGUAUCUUCUCAACCCUCCAGCGCUAUGACCGGCUCUCAUUACCGCGACUAAAGUUCUAUUCGCGCCUCUCCGAUCGUCAACUUCGUCAUGGACUUUCCGCCAUGAUUCAACACCACCUGGUGUAUCAUUACACUUCUUACGACGAUGGCGUUACCUAUUACGAACCAAACCUCCAGGCUGCAUAUUAUCUUGUUCGCUCUGGCAAGAUCCUGGAGUUCAUUGAAGAAAGGCUUGGAAAGUAUGCGGCUACCCUUAUGGAAACCAUUAUGUAUCUCGGACACGCACAAGUCGGCCACCUCGAAACCAUCCCGGAACUACAACCCGCACCACCUAAAGCGAAUGGCGUGAAACAGGAAACCGAAGGUGGAGAGACCGAAGAACAGAUGAAUGGCGAUGAUGAGCACACCUCCGAACAGCCGGCGCUAUUACAUCCUACCCUGAAAAUCCUGGCUUCCCACGGUUAUAUCUUUCGUGUGCGCGAUGCGCAAUUCCAAAGCUACGCUGACAACGCCCUGGAUGCGGAACGUGCCAUUAAGUCGCGACCUGAUGUCAAGCAGCUAAAGGGUAAGAAGCUGGACGAAACAGUCCUGGAAGGGACUCUUACUCUUUUGAAGGAAAGACUCGAUGGGGACCUUACCCGCGGGCUCAUGCAUAACGGGUUACCCCGGGGCGCGAAGAGGAGGCAUGGUGCCGGGUCUGCGGAUGCUUCAAACAAAAAGGCACGGAUGGACUACGCCAAUGCUGAUGAGGAUGAUGAUGAAGAGGAGGAGAAUGAAUGGUCGGAUGACGAGAUGGGUGGGGAUACCACUCCCAUGGAGUUGGCUACUGUUGUCCGCGUGAACUAUGAGAAACUCGACGUUGCUCUUCGGAACCGACGGUUUUUGGAUCUUGCGGAGAUGAACUCAUCGCCAGCAACCGCACAGGUCUACGAGGGCCUCCUACGACGCAUAGAAUACCAAACCAAGCAAUGCCGAGAUAGUGCUGAGAUACCGCGCGAAGGAGAGGAAGGCGAGCAAUACUCUGUCCCCAUCGCUCUUAGUGCGGUGACAGAAGAAGUCGACCCGCAGUUGGACCUUGCAGGCUCUAUAGGUCCGAUGGAGAUACCACAGGCCAUCAACAAACGUGGGAAACGGCCUUUGGAGGACAGUGUCAAUGGAACCGACCGUGAAGGAUCAGAAGCCCCCAGCCGCACCUACGAGGUAGACCAACACCUUUCUCUACUCUCGCAGCCCCCCUACAACCUCACAUCUAAGCGCCUACUUUCCGGACUCAUUACCUGGACCGUCGAAUUCCGACACCUAGCGCGCAAGCUCCGCCACCUAGAACUGGAACGGAUGAUCGAAGCCCGCUACGGCGACGUCGCUUUACGAGUGAUCCGCGUACUGCACGCCAAGGGCAAGCUCGACGAGAAGCGCCUACAGGAAAUCAGUCUUCUCCCCUUCAAAGACUUGCGUCAAGUCCUCGCUAGCAUGCAGUCCGGUGGAUUCGUGGAUCUGCAAGAAGUCCCCCGAGACGCACAGCGACAGCCCUCUCGUACGAUCUACCUCUGGUACUAUGAUCCGGACCGCAUCCGGAGCAGCAUUCUGGAGGACACGUACAAGGCUAUGUCAAGAUGUAUGCAACGCCUGCGCUUCGAGCGGAACCGACUCAAGGAGUUCUUGGAGAAGACGGAGCGGAGUGACGUAAAGGGCAAUGAGGAACGCUAUCUAUCUCAGGCUGAGUUGACCCUGUUGGAGCAGUGGAAGGCUAAAGAGGCCUUGUUGCUUGGAGAAGUGGCCCGGUUGGAUGAGAUGGUUGCGGUCAUGCGAGACUACUGAUUGGAAUGAUCGAUUGCAUCCCCGUUUCUUCUUCUAUGAUCAAGGAAUAUGACGUUUGGAACGAUUCCACAUAUCAAUGCUGUAUGUCUCAGGCAUGCAUAUUAUAUUAUAUACAUCUAGAUGAGUUGCCAUAGGCAGUCUGCAUCCAAAGCCUUUGCUGGCUUUUGCCUACGUCAAUGUAUACUAUCAAUACCAAAGUAAC